CAGUUGGUGGCGAAAAUGCGCAAAGAAGUUGCAACGUCAAGCCUUCUCAAUCCACAGAAGACGAAGAUGGCUUCCUCUAUAUCGCAACAGUUAGAAGAUCUAUUAAAUCCAUUACCUAAGUUCACGGAUCCAGAGGACGACGAAGAUGAGGCCACCAAAGCCAAGGUGAUAGAGAAGUUCGACGAGGGUAAUGAAGAAGAUGACCACACUUCAGUCGUUGGGCUUAGAAAGCGUAGUACUCACAUCUUGGAGGAAACUGAUAGGCGUUAUGCAGGGAAGGCGACAUCUCGGAAAGAACUGCAGAAACAAGUAGCAGGAUCAGAUGAGGAGGAUGAUGAAGAUGAUGAUGAAGGUGGUGACAGUGAUGAAUUGGAAGAUGACCUUGCGGAUAAUGAUGAUGAUGAGGAGGAUAUGGGAGAAGAGGAGGAAGAGGAUCAUGAAGAAAGUAUAAACAGUGAUGAGGAUGCCCCGGUGAAGGCAAAGCUGGCCACAAAACUGAAAAGUACUGAGAUCACAUUUCCAAAAGAGACAGAUUUUCGCAAACUAACUGAGGGAAUGGAUGAUCUUGGAGUGAGUGAAGAGGAAGGAGAUAGUGGAGAGGAAGAUGGAGACAGUGCUGGCGAUUCGGAAGAGGAAGAUGAUGAGGAGGAGGAGGAAGAGGACGACGAUGAUGAUGAUAUGGAAGAUGCUGAUGCUGUGAUGACAUUUUCUAAAGAGAAGGUUGCUGAAGAAGUGCAAAAGGGAAAGGCUGUGAAAAAUCAGCUUGCUCUUUGGGAUCAGCUUCUGGAGGGAAGAAUCAAGAUUCAGAAAGCUCUGGCCACAGCCAAUCAGCUUCCACAGCCACAGACCUUCCCAGAGUUCAAAAACAAGGGAGGUGCAGAGUUUUCAGGAGCCCUAAAGAACAGUCAUAAAGCGUUGAAGGCCUUGCAGAGGUCCCUGCUUGACCUCCAGGACCUUCUCCUGCACCAGAAUGUGGAGACCAGGCCCAUCGCUCAGGGAAAGGCAUGGACUGCAGACAGCAAGAGUAAAGCCAUGGAGGACAGUGAUCUGGAUGGGGAGGAAGACGAUGAAAGUGAUGAAGGUGAGGAAAAGACAACGGAUGCGCAAAAUGGAGGCCCCCCCAAGCGGAAAUUGGAAAUGUCGGAGUACCCUGAAAUCAUGGCCAAGCGCUUUGCUAAUUUUGAGCCCUACCGCAACAACACCCUGCAAAAGUGGUACGACAAGACACGCCUCACCAUGGGCAAGACCACCAAGGGCUUUGGGUCGUUCGACCGGAGCAUUCUGACGCAGGUUGAGCAUGUGUUGAUGGAUAAGGAGAGGUUGGUCAGCCGCACGCAGACUCGGCGGUCCCAGUUCCGAGUCCUCGGCAAGCCUGAGAUCACCACACCUGUUGUUGAGACAGCCACAACAGAAAAUGAGGCAGUGGAGCAGGCCAUGCUGAAGGCCAACGCACAUCUCAAAGACCUGGACGAAGAGAUCUUUGACGACAGUGACUUUUAUCACCAGCUUCUUCGAGAGCUUAUAGAGCGCAAGACAAGUGCAGCUGAUCCCAAUGACCAGGUGGCCAUGGGCAGGCAGUGGCUGGCCAUUCAGAAGCUGCGCAGUAAGAUCAAGAAGAAAGUCGACACCAAGGCCAGCAAGGGCCGGAAAAUCAGGUUCCACAUCCACAGUAAGCUGGUGAAUUUCAUGGCUCCAAUGAGCCUGGGCUCCACGCACGAUGAGGCACGAACGGAGUUGUAUCGCUCGCUGUUUGGAGGCAACACGCUCACUGGUGCCAAUCCACAUGACUGACCCUAGACCUGUUGAUCUGUGAACCCUGGAUGCAGACAUUGGGUGCUGUGGAUGGAGUCUCCCUCGUGCCGUCCCAGGUGGUCACUGUGCACAGGACAGUGGGCAGAAGACCCCAGACUGUGCUGGAGGGAACUGGAAAUGAUUCUGAGUUUUGUCAUUUUGCCAGGAUUUGUACAUUUUUCUAUUUGAAAUGUAGGAAAUGCUAUAGAAUUUGUCUUGGUGUCAAAAAAAUUUUGUACUUUUUCACGUGACUGAGGCAUAUGCAGUGUGAAAGGAGAAGUGAUAUUCGUCCAUGGUAUUUAUUUCUGAUAAUUUCUAAGGUCAGAGCUUGAACCUUGAUUUUAAUGGACAAAGAAUGCAAGAUGAAUGGAUAUUUCUGUAUAAUGUUUUUGAACAUCAACCAAGUAUCUGAAGAUUGUAACAGUGUGCAGAGGGAACAAAUAAAUUGUACAUAAAAAUAAAUGUUAUAUGUAUGACUUUAUUAAAAGUUACAGAGGCAA